CAUGAAGUUUGUUAUCUUACUAAAAGUAGUUUACAUUCUAAAAUUAGUAUUAGCAGAGGAAUCCGAAAUAAUAAAGGCUAUGAAAAGGCAUGAAGUUAUACCAGAUCUUUUAAAUGAAGGACCCCAAGAAAUAUUAAAAGUCACCUUUGACAGUGGUGUUACGGCAAAUAUGGGUGAGGAAUUAACACCCACCCAAGUACAAAAUGCUCCCCUGGUAGAAUGGUCUGCUGAAAAAGACUCUUUUUACACACUAUUAUUUACCGAAGUGGAUGCACCAUCACGUGAGGAUACUUCUUUAAAAGAAUGGCGUCAUUGGUUAAUUGUUAAUAUACCAGAGAAUAAUGUUGAUGAAGGAGAUUUAGUAUAUGGUUAUCAAGGUUCUGGACCAAGUAAAGGUUCAGGUUUUCAUCGUUAUGUUUAUUUAUUAUUUAAACAACCGGAAAGAUUGAAGUUUGAUGAAAAAUACAUUGACGCCAACAGCAUUGAGGGUAGACCUAAUUUUUCUACUAACAAUUUUUCCAGAAAAUAUGGCUUAGGUAGGCCGGUGGCGGGUAAUUUUUAUUUGGCUCAAUAUGAUGCAUUCUCAGAUGUGCUAUUGGCUAGAUUGGGUUUAGCUUGAGAAUAAAAAGGAUAUAUUUAAGAAAUAUAUGUACCCAGUAGUAUUAUAUUUUUUUGAGUUCUCCCAAAAUGUUAUUUUACAGUAAAUUUUCGAUACAAAUAU